AUGGCGGACUCUGGCGCAUCAUUGGCGCAAGACACUGCAAACCUGCACGUGGACGAGGUGACAGGCGAGCGAGUGUCCAAGUCGGAGUUGAAGAAGAGACAGAAACUGAGGGCAACAGAGGCAAAGAAGAAGGAGAAGGCUGCUGCUGCACCGCCGAAGCCGGAAAAGAAGGCCACAAGCGCAGAAGUAGACGAGAGCAACCUCAAUCCCAAUCAAUACUUCGAAAUCCGCAGUGGCCGUAUCAACCGCCUGCGAGAGACCAAGCAGCCAAACCCCUACCCGCACAAGUUCCAGGUAAACACAGACCUGUCAUCGUUCGUAAAUGAGUACGCCGAUUUGAAGCCGGGCGAGCACAAGCAGGACGUCGAGAUCCGUGUUGCCGGUCGUGUCUAUACCAAGCGAGCGUCGGGGGCGAAGCUCGUCUUCUACGACAUCCGUGGCGCAGGCACCAAGAUUCAAAUCAUGUGCCAGUCACAAGAGGCAACCGGGGAGGUGGGCUUCGAGGCCCAACAUGAUCUUCUGCGCCGCGGAGACAUCAUCGGCGUCAUUGGAUAUCCCGGUCGAACCUCUCCCAAAAACCGUCCCAACGAGGGUGAACUGUCAGUGUUUGCUCGAGAGGUGAUUCUGCUCACGCCGUGCCUUCACCAAAUCCCCUCGGAGCAUUUUGGUCUACAAGAUGUGGAAACACGCUUCCGCCAGCGCUAUCUGGAUCUCAUCAUGAACGAUAAGUCGAGAAAUAUUCUAAUUACCCGGUCCAAGAUCAUCGCAUACAUUCGGAACUACUUCGACUCCAAUGGUUUUGUCGAAGUGGAGACGCCCAUGAUGAACUCGAUCGCAGGAGGCGCCACUGCUAAGCCAUUUGUGACGCACAUCAACGAAUACAACACGGAUAUGUUUAUGCGAAUUGCACCCGAACUGUAUCUUAAGAUGCUUAUUGUGGGUGGGAUUGACCGUGUAUACGAGCUGGGCAAGCAAUUUCGCAACGAAGGAGCCGACCUGACACACAAUCCGGAAUUCACGACCUGCGAGUUCUACGAAGCAUAUGCCGAUGUCUAUGAUGUGAUGAACCGGACGGAAGAACUGGUGUCGGGUCUGGUCAAGCACGUCACGGGAGGGACUAAGACAACCUUCCAUACCCAGACAGGUGAGGUUUACAAUGUCGACUGGUCGGCGCCGUGGAAGCGCAUCGAGAUGAUUCCUGCGUUGGAGGAGGCCACGAGCGAGAAGUUCCCACCGGGAGACCAGCUGCAUACCCAGGAGACCAACGAGUUUCUCAAGCGGGUGCUCAAGAAGAUGAACGUGACCUGUGCACCUCCCGAGACGAACGCACGAAUGCUGGACAAGCUGGUGGGAGAGUUCAUUGAGGAGAGGUGCGUCAACCCGACAUUUAUUACGGGACAUCCUCAAAUGAUGUCUCCGCUGGCCAAGUAUCAUCGAUCCCAGCCUGGCAUCUGCGAACGAUUCGAGGCAUUCGUCUGCAAGAAGGAGAUCGUCAACGCGUAUACGGAAUUGAACGACCCAUUCGACCAGCGUCUUCGGUUCGAAGAGCAGGCACGACAGAAGGCACAGGGCGACGAUGAGGCGCAGAUGGUGGACGAGAAUUUCUGCACGAGUUUGGAAUUCGGACUGCCGCCUACGGGUGGGUGGGGGAUGGGUAUUGAUCGAAUGACCAUGUUCCUGACCGAUAACUACACGAUCCGUGAGGUUCUGGCGUUCCCCUUCAUGAAAGAGGAGAAGAUGGGAAGUGGUGGCAAGGAGAAGGAGACGGCUGCUGAGGUGGUUGGGAUUGAACCUUUGCCUGUCGAGGGAAUUCGUAAGUGA